AUUUUUCUGUAUAUACUCUAUUUUUUUACAUAUAAAAAUUAUUUGAAAAUAUAAAAACAUGACUUCAACAGCAGUCAGAGUGGGUCUACGUGUUCGACCUUUAACAGAAAAAGAACGAAUCAAUAAUUGCACAGAAUGUUUAACAUUUAUACCCAACGAACCUCAAAUAUUGAUUGGAACAGAUAAAUCUUUUACAUAUGACUACGUCUUUAAUAGCAAUGCAGACCAAGCCCAGGUUUAUCUGGAUGCUGCCUCUCCUCUCUUGCACAAGUUUGUAGACGGUUUUAAUGCAACAAUUUUAGCAUACGGUCAAACUGGAUCCGGUAAAACCUUUAGUAUGGGUACAAGUUUAGAUAAUAGCGUCAGUGCUGAAAAUGAAGGAAUUGUGCCCCGCUGUAUCAUUGAAUUAUUUCAAGUCUUAAAGAGUCGUGAAGCACAAGAUUCUGAAUUUAAAUCCGAAAUUUAUGUUUCCUUCCUGGAACUUUACAAUGAGGAAUUUAUCGAUCUUUUGAACAACCCACAACAAUCCAAACGUAGAUCAACUAGUUACGCUAAUACAAACACUAAUAAUUACAACAACCCCAACGAAGUCUCCGUUAGAGAAGAUGUCGCUGGAAAUAUAUAUUGGAGUGGAGUCAAGGAAGAAAUUUGUUAUAGCCCUGAAGAACUCUUGGGUUUCCUCGCACAAGGUUCAUUAGGUCGCACCACAGGUUCAACUGAAAUGAAUUCCGUAUCUUCUCGAUCGCAUGCCAUAUUCUCUGUGAUACUAAAACAGCAUAGAUCAGAAAAUGAGGAUGGAAAAAUUGUUAUUAAAUCACUGAAUAGUAAAUUUCAUUUUGUCGAUUUAGCUGGUUCUGAACGAUUAAAACGAACACAUGCUCAAGGCGAUCGAGCCAAAGAAGGCAUAGCUAUUAAUUCCGGUCUACUAGCAUUAGGCAACGUCAUUUCAGCAUUGGGCGAUGAAGGAAGAAGAGCAACGCAUAUACCCUAUCGAGACAGUAAACUCACUCGAUUACUACAAGAUUCAUUAGGUGGUAACAGUCAAACACUGAUGCUUGCUUGUGUUUCUCCAGCAGAUACAAAUUUUAUGGAAACCUUAAAUACCUUAAAGUACGCUAACCGUGCACGAAAUAUUAAGAAUCGUGUCACUGUGAAUCAAGACUUUGCUGGGUCUUCCAUGGAAGUCAACCAGCUUAAAUCACUUGUCUCUCGACUCCGCAUGGAAAUUGCAUCUCUUCGUGCAGAUGGCUCGGCUUCUACAACCACAAAUACAUCAACUUCAGCAGCAAUAUCCAUAGAGGAUAAAUCUUUACGCCAUGAAUCAGUUCUUUUACGUGAACGCUUACAAGAGAUGCAAAGUCAGAUUAUUCAAGUCACAAGUGAAAGAGAUACACUUUUAAUGGAACGCGAAUUGGGUGAAUUUAUGCAGAAUGACGACAUAGACUCUGGUGAUUCUCUCUUAGAAAAUAUUAGCUCCACGACAAGGCCUAUCAAAACCCAUCCGAUCAUUGAAAAGUAUCAAAGAACCAUUCAAGAGUUAACACAUCAAUUAGACGACACCAAAGAUAAAUUGCUCGUUUUAGAAUCAACCCAACCAAAAUUACAAGCUGCACUUUCAAAAGCUGUCAGUAUGCAACACAAUAACAACAGCAGCUUACUGCAAAAGUUUUCUUCGCAAAGUCAACAACCAAGAAAAACCAACAGUAACCGCAGAAGAAAAAUGGGUGGAAGAGUUAGUGCAAAUUCAAGUACCGCUACGUCAAAUGGUUAUGCAGCCAGAAUUACAACAAAAGUUAUGGCUAACAGACGUCCCAUUAUUACUAAAAGCACGAGCGCUACCCACAGAGGUAGCAGCAAACAAAAGAAGCAUGUCCGUAUUAAAAGCCCUCAAAAAGUUUAUCAGCAUGACGAUGAAUAUGAAGACGAAGGAUAUGUCAAUGAUCUUCAAGAAGACGAUGUGAGACAUGAGGAGGUCAAGGAGAGCAUUGCAAAAGUUCGUGCAGAUAUACGAAAAAGUCUACAAGUCCUAGAAUUAGUAAAGCCUUUAGAUGAUACCGCCAAUUCUUGGGAAGAAGAAUUGAAGGCUUUCGAAGCAGAGGAAAAGCGUUUGCAUGCUGGUAAAGAAAUGCAAAGAGACCCGUCUGAUGAAGGAAGAUUUUCCCUUACCGCGUCACCCAUUGAUGAGGAAUAUGUUCAAAACAGUGUGUCUGUGCCUGCCUGGAACAAUGAGGAAGUCGAAAAUACAAUCAAUUCAAAAUUGGGCUCGUCUUAUGAAACAACGAUUGAAUUAACCAAUGGUCAUUCGCGCACAGAUACUGCCAACUCCAAUGGAUCUUCCACUGGAUACAAUUCUCAGCUGACACGCAUGUUACAGCAAAUACAGUCUGAUAUCAAGGUCAAAGAAGAGCUCGUCUCGCAUCUCGAAAAAUCUGAAACAGAGUUUACUUUUAUGCGAAAGAAGUUUGACGAGAAGGUCAACCACCUUCAAAGUCAGUUAGCAGACACACAAAAGGAGAAGGACAUGGUCAUGACAAAAACAAAAUCCGGUGUAGCUUUGAAAUCCGAAACUUCCAAAGGAAACUUGACCGCCGUCGACAAUUCUAAGCAAAAUUUGGCUGAAAUUCGUCAUUCGUAUGAGAAUAAAAUGAAAAACUUGCUGUCUGAGAUUCAAGAAUUGAAACGAAAGUAUUCUCAGGCAACCAUGACAAUGCAAUCGACUCGAAACCAAAACGAGUCUCUUCUCAGAUCUCUCAAAGUGAAUGUAGAGACACUCAAGGUGGAAAAGAAGCGCCUUGUUCACCGUAUGAAAAUAGAAGCUGAUCGUGUGCGUGAACAGAUUUCUCGUCAGGAGCGCAAGAUUCAGCAACUACAACGCCAACAUGCUAAAUCAAAUCAGGCUAAAAAGCGUUUGGAGCACGAGCAUGAAAUCCAAAAGUCAACCUUAAAAAAGAGAAACGAGGAAGUAUUGAUCAAUGCAAGUCAGUUAAAACAAAUGACUUCCAUCAUGAAAAAGGCUGUACGUGAAGGCGGUAUCCUUGAUGAGAAAAUGCUUACAAAAGUCACUCCUAUCAUGGGUGGUAGCUUUGCCGUUAUCGCUCGUGGUGGAGGUCACGGUUUCCCUAGAAAGGCAAAAAAGAAGAAUCCUAUACCAUUAGGUAUUCGAGUCACUCGUAAAAAGCAACUUUUGGAUAAAGCACUGUAUCAGUACAUCCAAGGAAAACAAGCUGUUGUCGAGAUGGAGCAACUUUUGAUCCGUCGUGAAACCCUUGUUGAAGAGAAGAUUGAAUUGGAAGAUGAGCGUGAUCAGGUGUUCCUUGUCGAAAAAGAGCACGAAGAGGCCACUGGUGAACCCAUGGAUACAAUUGCCAUUGAAUUAAUGGAUGAACGUAUUGACUUAAUUUCAGCCGAGAUCUCAUAUUUACUAGCACGUAUCCGAACGCUGCAAUCGGAAGCUGCUGAAGAAGCAUUGCAAGCAGAAGAAAGCGGUGCAUCAAUUGUUAAAAUGGCUAGCCCUCGUCCUGCUAAACAUGUUACAUUUGCUGACGAAAUUAUAACGGAACCUGUUUCUAACGAUGAAUGGGAUGAUGUAGAUGCAUUCGAUGAACAGUUUAGUGUGCCUGUCAACGCAGCUCCCGAGAUGGCUUAUGACAUCACAUCAAAAUUGAUUAAAUCGUUGGAGUCGGAUGAAUGUAAACGAAUUGUUGAAAAUUUAGUGGACGAUAUCAUGGAUCUUCGAAUGAGUGAAUGUAACCGUCAAGUAACCGUCCAAAAUUUGGAAAAGACAGUAAUCGAUUUGCGUCGAACAUUGAUUAUCAUGAAAAAAACAGCUAUUUCCAACACGAUUGAAAAUGAAAAGAGAAUUCGCCAUUUAGAAAUUAACGAAGAAAAUAUGAUGGAUAUGAUGAUUCAUGAUGAUGAUGACAACUUGAUUGAAGAAUUCAUGAAUAAUGGAAACACUAUUUUUGACAAGAUUUAUGAAGAUGGCGUUCGAGGUUUGCUAGGCGAUGCUAUCCCUGAUCCUUCAGCUAUUACUGAACUGCCAGUAUCUACUGCUAUGGCCCCUUCAUCGUCAUCUUAUCAUCAACAAAUAAGUUUACCCAAUUCACCUGUUGCCUCUCCUCCUUAUUUAAAUAACGCCUAUGCCGUUACCAAUACCAACCCUCCAAUCCCAACUCAAAUGAUCGACAAUCUUAACAAAUCAAUUAUCACACCGCGUGAUUCUACCCCUUCACCUGAAAGAUUUUACAAUCUAGCUCAACAACGUCUUUCUUGGCAAAAUUGUGUGGGUGGAAAUGAAACACCAACAUACAUGGAUGAUGAUCAAUUGGGAGCACCAAGUUACUCCAACGUGCUGGCCAGCAGUAGUAUUGUACCACCUGAAUUUAAUCAUUAUGUCACCGAUCAUGAAUCAUCAACCUCAUCUAUUCGUAGUAGCCAUUUGAGGAGAUCUUCUAUCCAGUCGGAUAUGUCUUCAUUAUCAUCCUGGAACCAAAAAACUAUGAUGCGUGGUAGCAGCAGUCAUACAGCAGCAGCACCUCUAUUGCCUGAGCCUUCCCGUGCCACUGUGACUAGAAUAAGUCCAUUAAUGGCUCAUAUUAACCAAAAUAACCAAACCAUCCAGACAGAACUGGAUUCAUAUGAAAACUAUCAGACCCCAGACCAGCAACGAGAAGAAAACUCUCCUAUUUUUACCAACUCAUGUUUACAACAACGAUUGAUAAAAAGACCACUCCCCCCUAUCAUGCCUAGUGCCUCUACUUUUGAACGACCCAGCACCCCAACUGUUUUUGAUCGUCUAGCACAAACACCUACUCGUGCAUCUAGAGCAAAGAUGAAUUAUCGUCACAGUAGUGGAAGUGUAGAUGAUUUACGAAGAAGAUGGGAGUUGGAUCAAAAACGACCUUCGAGCGCAACUGAUAGUAGCUUUUUCUAAUUUCAAAGGGAUUACACUGUGUAUAUCAUUGCCGUUAAUCAUAAAUAUCCUCUCUUAUACCUAUUUUUUUUUCCAUCUAUUGUCAUCUACUAUUUAUACAUAUUUCAAAACUGUAAUUUUGUCCCUUUUUGUAAAUUUUUUAUUGGAC